AUGGGCAGGAAUGGUGAGAUUUUGAAGCCGCCACUCGCCUCCGACGCCGAUCUUGCACCUGCACGAGCUGCAGCCGCCACGUCGGACUUGGCGCCCGUGCUCGAGACGUACCCGCAGAUCCCGGACGACGAGGUGCUGGUGCUGCAUUUGAUGCACAUGGCAGUCUCACUCGGGCACUUGUUCGACAAUCGAUCAAGUUGUUAG